AUGGCCAGAAAGAGAAAGGCAGGAGGUGAUAUUGGAAUGGAAAAGAGCUCAUCAUCAUCAUCACUAUCAUCAGGUGAUGAAGAGAGUAAUGUUGCUUGGGAUGAGAUGGUGAAGGAAGCUGCGGCCGCAGCAGCGCUGGGCGGAGCACGGCGGGCGAGGAAGAGAGGCGCAAAUACCAGGACCAAUUUCUGGCCUUGUUCUUCAUCAUCUUCCUCUACUCCAGCUUUGCCUUCUAAAAUCACCAAUCUCCUUUUGACCAGACUCAAAGCCAGGAAUAAUUCCAUUGCUGCUGCCAAUUCUAACAAUAACCCUUCCUCAAUCACUAUUGAUCAUUAUCAGCAGCAGCUUCUGCAUCAAAAGCAAAGUGAUGAUCAUGACUGCCCUGAGGAAUUCUCAGAUUCACAUUUCACUGAUUUUCUCAAUGAUAUAGAGGGGGAUUACACCCCUGAAAAUAGCAUCCCUGAAAACAGGGCUACUGAAUCAUGCUUAACUCAGGGAGAAGAUCAGCAAAGUUUUGAACUUGAUUGGGGUGAGAUGAUCUCUAAUGGUAGUGUUGCAGAGGAAACAGAGGAAGAUGAGGAAGAAGAAAGGAAGAAUGUGAAUCCAGGGAUUGCGGAUUUCCAUUUUGUGGAUGAGAUAGUGCAGGGGAGUACAGGGUCUGAGGAGGUUUAUGGAGAUGAUCCAGCCAUGUUCAGUGAGGCCAUGAAGAGACUGAACUAUGAGCGGAAGUUUUCAGCUUCUCUUUAUGCCUUCAAUGGUAUCACUGAGUGCCUGAAAUUGAAGCUGAAAUCGGCAAGCAAGCUUCAACAGGAAAGGACUGAACAUCUAACCAGGCUCAUGAAUGCAUGCGGUAAGAAUCAAGAAGAUGAACACGAGCGCGAAAACAAUGUUGAACCAGCGCAGAAUCAUGAUGAGAAGCAACAUGAGGAAGAAACUUCAUCUGCUGAUGAUCAUCAUGCAGGAGAUGAAGAAGCAGCGGCUUACGAUAUCGAAUCAUCACUGUGGAGUUCGAUCGAUUUACCCACUAUUUGCUACGUCAAUUAA